AUGAGCUCCCAGGGCUUUUCUUUUCCUCCCCCUCCUCCGCCUCCACCCCGGCAACAGCAGUCACAGCAGCAGCAUAACCAUGCGCCACAGUACGGACAAAGCUAUCGUGGCCAACGGGGUGGACGGGGUGCUGGUGGAAAUUCCAGAGGCCAUGGAAGAGCUCAGGUGAAUAAAGGAGGAGGCAGAGGAGGCCAUUAUGCAGCACCUUCUCCAGCGUAUUCAACGAACCCUGCUCCUCCGUCUGUUAGCUAUGCACCGAUGAACUACGCCGGUUUCCCGACUCAACCUCUGUCUACGGCGCCUACACCAGCAAUUGCAGCACCUCAAUACGGUUCCAGUUAUCCUCCGACAUCGACCGCAUUUACGUCCCCGCAGACCUUUUCCCAACCAACCGCAGCGCAAGUCUCUCCAUACCAACACCAAACGACGAGCUACGAUGCGUACAAUCAAGCUAUGGGGCAGAUGGCACAGGCAUAUGCGGCAAUGCCAUACCAGCAUGCAUCCCCUGGUAGGCCUUGGGGUUAUGGGCAAACUGCGCCUACAGGGACGUUCCCUGGAGCCCAUCAAGGAAAUGCUUGGGGACCGCAACCGUUUAAUAAUAAUGCUUACGGCAACAACAUGUCCAACGGCGACAAGCUGAUGAAGCAUCAUAACAAGCGAGACCAUCCUUCGGCAUUUGGAAAACCACAGUCAAUCGCACCUCGAGUUCCCGCACCGCCUCCCGUUCCGAGCUUUGGAAACCCUUUACCAUCUAAGCCACCGCCACCUUCGGAUGUUACAUGGAAGCCCAAGAAAAAGAGAAAGCACAAUCAGCUUGGUCUGACCCCAAAGACAGAGGACCACGAAUCUAGCGAGGAGGAAGACGAUGUAGACGAAGAGUCAAAGCUGGCAUCUGGGAGCGGCGGAACCGCUAAUGCACCGCUUCGGUUUACCUACAGGGGACGUACGGCAACCCUCAAGACGCCGGAAGAGAUUGCAGCAUGGAUCGCAGAGCGGAAGAAGCGAUUCCCAACCCAAGCUAGGGUUGAAGAAAAGAAGAAAGCCAUGGAGGAGGCAAAGAAAGCCCGGGAGGAAGCUAUGAAACAAAAGAGAGAAUCCCGAAAACAAGAAACAACAAAGCGGCCCCAGAAAGAUACUCGGGAGCGACAGCAGCAACGUAUACCGGGAGAUCCGGUUGAUGCAGUGGCUAAGGCAACGGAGAAGGCCGAUAAGCUACGUCGGAAACUCGAGCGGGAGCAGAAACGGGUUGCCAAAGCCGAAGCGGACGCAGAGCGGGCCCGACUCAAGGUGGAAGAACUACGAAAGGAAUCGACAGGUCUCAGUAAAGAUGGAGAUGUGUUUCAAGAAGCCCAGUCGUCAGCCACCCCGGCGGGACAUGUCUCGGGCGAACCAGCCAAACCAGUUCACGAUAAGGAAGCUGCCAAAGUCACUGAUACGACUGAUGAUAACGAUUGGACAUCUUCAAGCGGAUCCGACGAGUCCUCGUCGGACUCAGAUAGCGAUGAAGAUGAAUAUGCUGAUAGUGACGGCUCAGCGCCAGAGGAAAUGACAUCUCGCCGCGAGGGACCGGAAAAAGUACCACCACCGCCCCGUACGAAUGUCAGAAAACGAGUAUGUCGCCACUUUGCUCGUAACGGACGAUGUCUACGAGGAGACGAUUGUAACUUUUUGCAUGAAUUGCCGGAGCGGAAGGCCAAAACGAAGCCAGCAGCGCCGCAGCAGAAGGAGAAAGGCCGGAAAGGACUGUUGCAGAUGCUACUUGAUCGUCAAGAAGAGGACGACAAUCAUCGGAUCAUGGAGGCGAUCAUGGCUCUAGGGGAGAACGGAUUACUGGAUGAACCGACCGUUUCGGAGAAUCAUAGGCAACCUCCGAAUCCUGUCAACGGAAACGCCACAACUGUCUCAGACAAAGAUAACGCUGCCACAGCCGCCACUGCUGGUAUUGAACCCGGCAUUCAAGUCCCAGCAAACCAGGAAGAAAUCAUAGCCGGUCCAACGCCGACGGCCGACGGAGAUCUAGCCUCCGCUGCGGCAAUUUCGUGA